AGUGCGCAUUAGGCCUAUACAGUACUGGCAAAGCAUUUUGCAUGAAGUGCAGACUGUUACAGUUAAGCGAUGAUGAGUAGACUAUUUAACUGCGUGUUUCUGUAGGCUAUAUAAAAAGCCAACACUGCAAUUAUCUCAGGAGGCGCUAACAACCUUCGGUAGCCUACAGUUUACAGGGCGCAGGUUUUCACUGAUCUCUUUCUCCAGCGAGUCAGUUGCUGUCUGAUCUCUUCUGAAUCGCUAGGUGGGAGGAUCCAGUGUUUGCCUGCGCAAGUGCUGUAAUCUUCGCUACCGUUGGAUACCGAGGGAGAGGUAGGCUACGCUAUUACAGUUACGACACUACUGUCAGCCUGAACUCGCCACAGAUGCUAGAGAGAGAAAACAAGCAACAAGCGUCGGUUGCUCGAGAGAGACAAGUUUCCCUCGACAGGGCGCGGGAAUGAGCUACGCACCGUGAGAGACUUCAUCUUGACUCACUCUUUGGAACGGUCCUAAGGCGCACUGCAUCUGUAAAGGCGAGGAUACCUUCUCGAAGCUGUUUUCUCGCGUUUCUCAAACACCAGUGCCACUCCUCAGCACACAGGCUAGCUCUCAGGUGGAGGUGCGUGUGUCAUCUAUGGCGGGGAUGUGAGGUGACAGGAGAGAACGCUCGCUGAAUCUGCCAAGCACCGUGCCUCCAGCGGGCGAACUGAGAGGGAAAGCAGGGUCGUGCCCCGGUUGGAGCUCUAUCUGUGAGCACCUUCAACCGAGGACAGCUGUGAUUUCAGCAGGUGGAACCACCGGGCUGCCGUGAACUGGAGGGUGAACGUAGGGAAUCGUCGAGUUUUGGAAGUUUUGCACAUAAUUCUGAGCACCAUGAUGUUUAUGAUUCUCGGGGCUGCCAUUGUAAUGGCGGUAGCGUGUUUAACGGACAUGAAUGCUCUUCUGGACCGCUUUCACAACUAUAUCUUACCACAUUUAAGAGGAGAGGACCGCGUCUGUCAUUGCAACUGUGGAAGGCACCACGUGCACUAUGUGAUCCCGUACGACGGGGACCAGUCGCUGGUGGACUCCACGGAGAACUACUUUGUGAGCAGCGGUGUCACCAAGCAGGAGAUGGACCUGAUGCUGGGCCUGCUGCUGGGCUUCUGCCUGAGCUGGCUGCUGCUGUGGCUGGAUGGGGUGCUGCACUGUGCCCUCCGGGCCUGGAGGACCAGCCCACACCACGACAUCGUGCCGUGGGAGUGGCUGUCUCGGGUGUGCAAUCUGCGGGAGCUGCGCAGACGGCUGCAGCUGCGGCUGCUGGAGGACUCUGGGGGGAACAUGGUGCACAUCAAGCAGAAGCUCUAUCACAACGGCCACCCCAGCCCCCGCCACCUCUGAGGCAGGACCCACCCCCCAAACCUCAGAUAAGGCCCAGCACGCCUUUGACCACGUUAGUGUACUGAUGGCCCAACAUGCAGAGUUUGUUCCAGCAGAGAGACAGAUGGACAGGCAGACUGAUGGUGGACAGACAGACCGACAGAUGGACAGCACCACCUCUCACCUCUCUUCAGAGAGGGCACAUUUCACCUGUGACCCCUCCCAGUCCAUCUCUGGCUCCUCCUGUUUCCUAUCAGACAAUAGAACGCUCGACUAUUAACACAUUCAUGUGUUAGAAAUGGCGCCAUCCUGCCAUCUCCCUCUCCAUACAUCCACCCUGAGACAAACGGCUCCUACACACAGUUGCGUGCGUUGCAGUGCUGUAGACGCAUCCCAUUCACUUUACAUGGGCUCACAUCAUCC